AUGAGAUGUAAUGGCCAUACCAAAUUCCUGAAUGGGAAGCCUUGCAGUGACUUCUCAAGAGUGGAAGGCUUGUAUCACCUCCUCCGUGGUCAGGGAAAGGAAGAGAUGCUCCGACUUUGGAGCUCCAGUAUGGUGGCUUCGACAUCAUUUUACGACGAGGACUGUAUCGCCUUACGUUUUGCGAGCCUUUUUUUCACCCCGAGGGGCAUACUCGGAGAACCCUCUGAAGGGUUUCGGUGGGUUCAGCUGGAGGUAGCGCAAAGCUCGAAUGCAUGUUCAGAGAUGAGCAUCUUUGAAGGUUUCAGGCAGGCUAAUGUAUGGGAACAGUCUCAAUCUCAGCAGAUCAUGUAUUUUCUAGGAGACAUGACCUCAAAAUCUGCGAUGUCUCAAUACAUCGAUGCUCUUACCUAUCGCACCAUGAUCGUGGGGAUUGGCCUGGAUUCUCUGAAAACGUAUCACCCACCUUUCCCGUUCGAAGAUGUGUUUCAUCAAGCGAGAGAAGAUGGCUUCACGAUCAGCUGUCAUUACGACGUCCACGCGAAGGAUUUCCUACGCCACAUUGCCCAGGCAAUCGACCAGCUGUGUCGUACGGGAUCGGGUGGGAUUGACCACGGGCUGCAUGCUACGGAUAGCUUUUCAUUUCUGUUUAGAUGGAAUAAAAGGGCCAGUGGUGACCGUCUGUCCAUGGGACCACUUAUGCUACUUCGGCCAGAGUCAGAUUCUGGAACGUAUCCAUUACCCACGACGCGGAUAUAA